AUGUCUACAUCUUUAGAUCAGACACUCACUACAAAUCGGAGUCUGUCGAAACGAAAGAAACAUGCUAACCCAAACCGUGGUGAUAUUGGUGAAGUUUUUAAUGAUGAGUGGGAGGAUGUUGUGCUUGGACCCAAAAAGCGAUUAUUACAAUCUGUCGGCAUUAAUUUUGAAUCAUUGCCACAAAAUGCAUAUGAAUUUGUCAAAAUAAAAUCAGAUGAUUUAGAAAUACUAGAUGAAAGCAUAGGAAGAACUUAUCUCCCGCAUUUACAAGACCCAUUUUCUAUCGUAUUGACAAAUUCUGAUCCAAUUCGAGUUUCUCAAUUUGAAUCAUGUCCAUUGAACGAUAAACUGCCUCGCAAAGUAGGUCAUAUUAUCAAUAUUGGUGGAUCCGUUUGGGCAAUGGAUUGGUGCCCCAACAUACAAGCUCAACGCGGGCAGUAUUUGGCUAUUGCUGGUUAUAAAUCAACUACUGAAGAACAUCAUCAUAUUGCCCGGCGUCAAAAAAACGAUGUGAAUUAUGCGAUACAGAUUUGGAAAAUUGAUUGCCAAGAUGAUCCCACUUCAGUAGAAGAUCCAAAGUUGGACAUAGUUAUUUGCCAUGAAUUUGGAUGUACUUUUGAUUUACAAUGGUGUCCUUAUGGGGCUUAUGACAAUGGCAUGAAUGCAUUUGAGAGUCAAUCUGAACAUUUCAUCCCCAAAUUAGGAAUUAUUGCUGCAUCGUUCAGUGACGGUUCUAUUGGAAUAUUUGCCAUUCCUCAACCAGAUUAUGUUCGAAACAAAUUGGGCUUAUCUCAAGAUUCAAACAAACCACUAUUCGUGAAAUUUUUAAAACCAUUGUUGAUUCUCUCAUUACCUCAAGUUCUUUGUUGGACUGUUAGUUGGGGCGGUCACAAAAAAAUAGCCACUGGGUGCACCAAUGGUGAUAUUGCAAUAUGGGAUAUUGAAGACAUUUUGACAUAUAACAUCACAAAUGGGACCUUUAGUGACUCAGAAGUUGUCCCGACUCGAUAUUUCCGAGCCCACGAUUCGUGUAUCCGUCAAAUAACAUGGAAUUCUAUGGAAAACCCCAGUCAUACUCUGAGUUGUGGGCACGAUGGUAGAUUACUUAUUUUUAAUGAACGUGAACCGUGGUUUAAAAACAUGAUUCAGCGAAUCAGGGCAUUCAUGAUGACUGCGUGUUGGCCAUGCCACUAUGGUGGAAUCGCCUUUGCAGAUGCUGAUAACACAAUAAGAUAUAUUCGUAUGGACGAUCUAAAAAAGACAACUGGACUAAUCAUGCAUCAUGCUACUGUUUUUAGAAUAGCAGCAUCUUAUUUUCACCCAUUUAUGGCGAGUUGUUCAGCAGAUGGUACAGUGAAAAUGGCAAAUAUUUGCCGAUUAAGAGAUAGGCAUCAGGUGACCUUAUACCGUAUCGGGUUAGAUGAAGAUCAAAAAACUGUUUUGUUUUGGGACAAUAUUAAAUCCCAGGAAACAACCGCUACAUACCAUACCUCUAAAACUUUUAGUCACUUUUUUAAGCCGGAAGUGUCUAUUCAACGUAUAGCAUGGAAUCCAAAUUUUAAUGCAGGUACAUGGAUCGCGUCAGGUGGUACAUUGGGCCUGGUUAGGGUUGAAUCUACAAAUCGUGAAUAA